CCCAACGGGCAAUACGGAUCCCCCACUGAAUUCCUUGAAUAUCAAUUACAACUGGAUCCGUACGAUCCGCUAACUUGAGCAACGGCCCCCGUAACCCUGUACAUAUGGUCAAAAUGACCACAGCAAUGGUGAGCCCUUCACCAUCAAAGAAGAGAAAGUUUGAAGCAAAUAGCUCUUCGGGUGACGACGGUGGCGAUGAAAAUGAGCAUGAUCUACGUUUCCGAUCCAACAAAACCAAGAAAGAAGAAAUCACAAAGGAAGAAGCUAUGACAUAUUGUCCUGUGAAAGUCGAGGGGAAUGUUAGUGCUUGUGAAUUGAACAAUGAAAACAGUGGUGUUCCAACAGAUCCGAUAGGGCUGGUCUCAGAUCUAUGCCGACCAACAUCAUACAUCAAAACAACAAAGAAAGAAGAAACUACGGAAGAAGACACCGCCAUCGAAACUGAUGAAAAUCUUGAUGGUGUUAAAUCAGAAGACAUACAACAGCACGAAGUUUCGAAUCUAGAUAAGAUCAAAAAGGAAGAGAGUGAUGUGACUGAUCAUGAAGUAAAAAGGAAGGAAAGGCCGGAAGAACAAACUUCUUCUUCUGUGGAAGUGAAGAAAGAAGAAGCCAAAGUGAAGCUAGAAGUAGCUAGGGCAGAAGCAUAUGAGAAGUAUGCAGAUCGACCUUUGCUUCAUCGGUUCUUUGGAAUAGGGCUCUUGGGUGGAGGUCACCAAAACACCUACGUAAGGCCAAGUAAGAAGUGCACAAAAGUAUUUGAUGGACAUGAAAUCAGAAAAGGGUAUCCUGCGCCCAAAAUAAAUGAGAAAAAGAAUGCCAAUGGUAAUGAUGUUGGUGCUGAGUAUGAUAUGGAUACCUUUGCCUAUUGCGCCUUCAAUACAUUAAGGCAAUUCAAUGGACCAAAAUUUGCAGGACAACCAACAGCAGCAAUGAGUAAACUGAGUAGUUUUCUGAGGGAAAAGAAUUUGUCUUUUCCGAUUUUCAUGAAAAGGUCAUUGACCAAAAAAAACGAGUCUGAACAGAAAGUAUUGGGCUGGGAGUACGUCGGAAAUUACCGAUGCAGUACUGAUAAAGAUAUUAUGCUAUGGGAAUCAGCAAAGAAUAUUUCUGAAGCAACAAAACGUCAGACCAAAGAAGAUCUUCUGAGAUACGCUGCUUGUGCAUCAGGACAUGGUAGAGCCUUUUUGGACAAAUGGAAGGCAUAUCUUGACAAAGAAGUUGAAAAAGACCACAAGAAUGCUAGAGAAGGAAAACAAUUAUCACAAAGCACAAUUGGCGCACGAGCUAAGAAAUUGACCUAUAGGAAAAAUUUGACUGACAAUGACCUGAUUGGUAUCCUUCUUGAACUUGAUGAAUUCUAUGGACAAGAGAUUAUUGAAUUUGUUGAGUAUGAUGAGCGGAUCUAUGAUUUUUGCAGCAAAGGACUGACAACCAAAAAUUCAAAUGGUGAGAUUAAGGCAAAAAAAGGAGGGGAUCAUGCGACUGCAAGGGAUUGGUAUAAUUUUGCUGUUGAGAAUAUGCUUAUGUAGUAAAAAACUUUAAGUGUAAGUGCAUUUCGCAUUUCUUGAGAUAAAAUUUAGUGCAUGCAUACGGUACGUAGUGUUGUACAGUAUUGUACAGUAAUACGAAGCAAGAAAAAUAUGACGAAAAAUUCGUUUGAGCACCCGUCUUUUUGACCGCUGGUGAAAGUGGUGAAAAAAAAAAGCAGAAGGCGCCGUGCCAUCAACGAACCAAACGAUCAUCAAAAAGGAAGAACAUAUGGUUACAUUUUUCGGUUUUAACUUUGUCACGAAACAAGGUUACUGCUGUUCUCGACCAUAAACAUCUUUCUUUCUAUUCGGGAGAUGAUUCCCGAUAGCGAAUACAGUGUUGCUGCUACUUACUAUGAGUGUUUUUAUCGAAACAGUGAUCGAUCCGUAGAAGAAGAAGAUUCUAAUCCUAUAUUUUCUUCGCAACCAUGGCAGGAGGACACUUGGACGGCUGCCGAUGACGAGAAUGCCAGGUUGAUUUUGGAAAAUCACAUCGAAAAAUGCUCUAUCUCAACAAUGCUGAAAAGCUCUGGUUCUUCUUUGAUUGAUGAAGGUGAGGACGCCAAUGCUUGGGAUCAAUUUUAUUCCAAUCACGGCAAUCGCUUCUUCAAAGAUCGGCAUUACUUCGAAAAAGGUACGAAUCAACAGUGUUUCAAUAUAUUUCCGUUCCCGUACAUCCAAGCUAUACGUCAGUACUGCAUAGCGCGUAGAAUAUUUUGAGUUUGGAAGGAGGUGACACCCGAUCUGGUUUAUUGAUCUCAUAUCAUUCCUAAUCGUCCUCCGACAGCAUUUCCCGAAGAAUUUCCUUCUUCAUCCGCCGCAACCAAUUCAUCGACUUCGACGACUCGUGAUGAUGGUAUGGGACGAAGAGCGUUGGUCGAAAUUGGCUGCGGUGUCGGCAAUGCUAUUUUGCCAUUGCUGGAAGUGGGAGACUCAGAGGGAUACUGGGACAUUGUUCACGGUCUCGAUAUUUCGAGAGAAGCAAUUCAGAUAUUAAGAAAGGAUACGCGAUUCGUUUCUUUCAAUGAAACAGGGGCUUCAAAAAGAAAAGUUUUCGGGCAUGUUUGUGACAUAUCCAUGGAAUUGCCUCCACCUUGUUUUGGAAUAUCAGACGUUACCACCCUGAUUUUUUGCCUCUCUGCGAUCGAUCCUGCGUCGCACGCAGAGGCAGCAAAGCAUGUGGUUGAUACGCUGAAACCCGGUGGCGUCCUCGUCUUUCGUGACUAUGGUAGAUACGACGAAGCUCAGAUGAAGCUUGGAACUUCUCGAUCAAAACGAAUCAAAGAAAAUUUCUACCGCAAACACGAUGGCACUAAAUGUUACUAUUUUCAGUUGGAAGACCUCCAAAACUUAUUUUGUGAUCUUAUGGGAAUGCAAGCGAUCGAACUCCAGUAUCUUCGUCGCGUAUAUGGGAAUAGGGCAACCACCCAAGUUCGCAGACGGAUUUGGGUUCAGGGACGUUUCCGCAAACCCUUGCAAUCUGAGUCCGACUGAAGUAGAAUUGCAUAGUAUCACGUAAG